GGAGGAUCCACGCGGCCGGAUAUCUCUCUUCACCCUCCACAAACACACCAGUCUAUCACCGUGACUGAGGCAAACAAUCAUGGUCGGCGUGAGCGCGGAGACGUUAUGGAUGUGGCUUGGAUAUCGUGAACGAAGAUGGAAACGAUCUUACCCUAAGUCGUCUCGUUCAACCCUCACUCGUAAAGAAACGGAAGAGCUUGAGAAGAAAGAAGGGGCAGAGGAGGAAGAGGAGGAUGAAAAGGCUUUGAAGCUAAAGAUCAAAGAGAAUGAGGAGAAUGAGGAAGAAGACGAGGAAGCGAGGAGAAGGGAGAAAGAUGCAUAUUUAGCCCGAGUGACGCACCUCCACCUUGAGAGGAAAGGGAUUACGCACAUAGAGAACGUGGGUGUUUGUCCAGGGGCGCGUGUGGCCUUCCUUCAGCACAACCAUCUCACACGCCUCGCCAAUCUCCGACCUCUUAGACUCCUGCAGGAACUUUUUCUCCAGGAUAACCACAUUACCAGAUUAGAGUGUUUACAGGAGCUGGUGAGUCUACGUCGUCUACUGGUGCCGGGGAACAGAGUAGGGGUUGUGGAGGGUCUUCCCAGAGGCCUACAGGAACUGCACAUCCAGCACCAGCGUCUCCCUCCUGGUGACGCCCUGGUGCUCGACCCACACGCCCUAGCCACUGUACAGGAAACGCUGCGAGUGCUGGACGUGAGUGGCAACAGACUAACAGAGCUGGGUGCUGUGGGUCUACUGACUCGUCUACAGGUGCUGCAGGUGGGGGACAAUGACCUCUGCUCACUGAGUCACGUGACGUCCGUGCUGGGUCGCCUGGGUCACCUGCGUGAAGCCCACCUGGUCGGCAACCCCGUCACCACCUACAGACGCUACCGCCCAGCUCUCAUCCUCGCCGCGUCGCCCACCCUAGAAUUGUUGGACGAACGAGAUGUGACAUCACACACGAGAGAAUUCCUGGUUCAGGCUGACCGCCAUCGAAUGAUUCAAAGAGAGAAGUUGUCAAGGCCGCCCACACACCCACAAGGGGACACUCCUCCCCCAAACUCUCAAGAACCAAUCAGAAUGGAGAAGCAUCUACUUUUCACCUCCGCCACGCCAUCAGACCACACAGAAUCAGUAGCAACUGGCCCACGUUUCGUCCUUGGCGCCCUCAGACGACCCGAGUUUGAUCUCAUCCUCAGGCGAGCUCAACAACGGAGUAUGGCUGCCACUGCAAGUAGUUUGGACGUCGAACUCCAACUGGGUAUUAGGGAGUGGUCGACACUGGAGACUGCUGAAGGAAAUGUCGCUCCUUCCAAUAGCAGGGAAGGUUUGGCCAACCAGGACUCUUCAGGGAACGAUUUGACAGAUACCGAUGCACCGUCUCAAGAGGGAGUUGCCCAUGAUGCACAAUGGUCGACGAACUUGUCGCCUGAGAAGAGCGUCUGGUUUGCUGGAGGUGAGGAGCCGUUCAUUGAUGACCUGCCUCGCUUGGUGCCACGGCCCUACUGGAGGAACAAACCUCCAGUGCCGCGCACAAAUACCACCACCACUACCUAGUGAGACUACCUGCUUCUUGUCUUCCAAUAAAAUAUUUUAAAUGUGUUUUUUUAUGAAAUUGGACAAGCGUAAGUUGUAGCUCUUUAGUGUAUUAUUAAUAUGAAAUUAUAUGAUGAGUAUAUUUUACCCUUACCUCAUAUAAGCGAGGAUAAUCCCACAAGCUGACAGCUAAUGUAAUGUUAUGGAUUGCUUGAUUUGUAAAUAGUAUAUCUGGCGUCGUGUUUUAGU